AUGGCUUCUCGCAGGGUCCUCUCCUCCCUGCUAAGGUCUGCCCGCCGCUCCCCGACGCCGUCGAGGUCGCCAUUUCCAGGUUCGAGGUCGCCAUUGGGGGCGCCGCGCCCCUCUCCUGCGGGCUAUCUCCUCUCCCGGGCCCUUGAGUAUGCGACGGCAGCGGCGGCGCCGUCCCCGUCGCCGCCUGCCGGGAAGGCUGCCAAUGUCACCGGGGGGAAGAUAACCGACGAGUUCACGGGGGCUGGCGCGAUCGGGCGCGUCUGCCAGGUCAUCGGGGCUGUUGUGGACGUCCGGUUCGAUGAGGGGGGCCUCCCACCGAUCCUCACUGCACUUGAGGUGCUUGACAACUCAAUCCGGUUGGUGCUGGAGGUGGCACAGCACCUGGGAGAGAACAUGGUGAGGACGAUCGCCAUGGACGGGACCGAGGGGCUGGUCCGCGGGCAGAGAGUGUUAAAUACUGGUUCUCCCAUAACCGUAAGUGUUUCCUCUGUUUUCCACAAAUGACAGUCUUGCCUGGGUCAUAUUUUUGUGUUGGGAGAUCGAUGCAUUGGAUAUUGCAGACUUUGAGUACCGCUCAUCUUGCAAAUGAAGAUGACGCUUAGGGCCAGAUUAAUCUUCUAAUGCAGUUUUAUCCGAUAUCUUCUUUUUUGACUUGGUGAGGGUCGUUUGAGAGUGUCGCUUUUCUCUGUUUUUUUUGUUAUCUUCUGGUUUUGAAAUGUCUUCUGUUCAGAUUAUUGAUGAGGUGCACUAAUUUUUUGUUUGCCAUUUCAGAUUAUUGGAAAUAUUUUUUUCGCAUUUUGAAUAUCUAUUUUGAUUGAGCCUUGCAAAAUGCUUGAUUUUUAUUAUCUUGGUUUUCAGGUGUUUUGAAAUGGCAUUAGUAUCAUUAUUAUCAGGCACUUAAUUUCAUUCUAUAUUGUACACUGAGGUGCAAAUGUGUGUAUUAUAUCUAGGCGUUGAGCUGUUUUUUAGUCCGUCUGUUAAUUUACUUGAUUUUUAAUACUUCAUCGCCAGGUGCCUGUUGGUAGGGCUACUCUUGGGCGUAUCAUGAAUGUUAUUGGUGAGCCUAUUGAUGAGAAGGGUGAUAUAAGUAAGUUAACUGAAACAAAAAAGAGUUACAAUUAAUAGGAGAAAUGAAAUCGCUUCCUUCCUACCUUUUUCUAACUUGCAUUGCGUUUUAAUUGUUUCAGAAACCGAUCACUUCCUUCCCAUCCAUCGUGAAGCUCCUGCUUUUGUUGAACAGGCGACUGAACAACAGAUUCUUGUUACUGGAAUCAAGGUUUGCGUGUCGCAGAUUAUUGGGAGAUAAAAAGUAGAUUGGACUGUACAUGGUCCUCGUUGUGAUUAUAGUCAUGAUAUAAUAGAAAAUUCGCAACGCUUUUUUGUUUUUCUGCAUGCUGAAGGUUGUGGAUCUCCUUGCACCCUACCAGAGAGGUGGAAAGAUUGGACUUUUUGGUGGAGCUGGUGUGGGGAAGACUGUGCUUAUUAUGGAACUGAUCAACAAUGUUGCAAAGGCUCAUGGUUGUUGACUAUGCUUUGUUGGCUUCCUUUUGUUUUCCACUGGAUUAUGCAUUCCACAACUUUUGCUUGAUCAGGUGGUUUCUCUGUCUUUGCUGGUGUUGGGGAGCGCACCAGAGAGGGUAACGACUUGUACAGGGAAAUGAUUGAAAGUGGUGUCAUAAAGCUUGGUGAAAAGCAGGUUUAUUCAAUAACGUUUUCACACUGUCCUAAUUUGAUGCUUCUUUUUUUUUUUAAAGACUUUCUCAUAGUCAAAUGUUGUCUUUUUUUCCCAGAGUGAGAGCAAAUGCGCCCUUGUUUAUGGGCAGAUGAAUGAGCCCCCGGGUGCACGUGCCCGUGUUGGAUUAACUGGCUUAACUGUGGCAGAGCACUUCCGAGAUGCUGAAGGGCAGGAUGUCCUUCUUUUCAUUGAUAACAUCUUCCGUUUCACCCAGGUUAGUCGGCAAGAAUAGAACUCUCACCUAACGAAUUUUCCGAAUUUUAAUAUCCUGUCAAAUUUGGCGUCUUUCCUGAUCCACAUCUCAGGCAAACUCAGAAGUGUCUGCUUUGCUUGGUCGUAUUCCAUCUGCUGUUGGGUACCAACCUACUUUGGCCACUGAUCUUGGAGGACUUCAAGAGCGGAUCACAACAACAAAGAAGGGUUCCAUCACAUCUGUCCAAGCUAUUUAUGUGCCUGCUGAUGAUUUGACUGAUCCUGCUCCUGCAACAACCUUUGCCCAUCUUGAUGCCACAACCGUGCUCUCACGACAGGUCUGAUUCUUGUCCCUUUUCUUUCAUGGAGGACAGGUGAAGAAGAAGCAACACUUUUGGUACCAUUUCGUAUGAACUGUUCUUUUUUCUUUAUAGAUCUCGGAGCUUGGUAUCUAUCCCGCUGUUGACCCUCUUGACUCUACAUCUCGAAUGCUUUCUCCCCACAUUUUGGGACAAGAUCACUAUAAUACUGCACGUGGUGUUCAGAAAGUUCUUCAGAACUACAAAAAUCUUCAGGAUAUUAUUGCAAUUCUAGGCAUGGACGAGCUCAGUGAAGAUGACAAGUUGACUGUGGCUCGUGCCCGCAAGAUUCAACGAUUCCUUAGCCAGCCUUUCCAUGUGGCAGAAGUAUUCACGGGUGCACCUGGAAAAUAUGUCGAAUUGAAAGAGAGUGUUAAUAGCUUUCAGGUGAUAAUUCUGAGAUUUUCUCAACACGAUUGUCUUUGCUUUUGUUUUGUUUUGUUGGAAAUGAGUGAGUAUCGUCUGUCAUCUCCACCUUUUAUCUCUCCAUUUCCCACUUUACUUUUCUCCUCUGUUUAUUGAGUCUCUUCUUGAGCAAUGCAUACACACGUGUGCCAUUCACUUGUCUGCAAAUCCAUCAUUGAUGUUUUUAGAUCCGGAUCCACUGAUGGAUGUGUGCUAAUGGAUAUAUGCACAUUCAAAUUUUUUAACAACCUCCUGCGGUUUUUGAUCUUGUUGUUGGUUAUUCCUAACUUUUGCAUUUGUGCUAAUGAACAUUCAUUAAAACCUCUUGCGGUUUUAUUGAACUUAGCAGGUUUUUAGAACCUGCCACAGUUUGAAAGAAGCGUCUCUAAGACUCAGUUCAAUAAAAGACAAAAUGAAACAUGAAAGAGAUAUAAUUUCUGAUGUUCAUGGGCUGAUUCCAUGACACUAUUGUAUGUGGAAUUCUAUGGGCCCUCCUGUUCUUUUCCCCUCUUCUUCCCAUCAAAAUCUUUAGCUGAGAUUUGGCAAUUUAAUUCUUCAUGCUUGAAAACUCAUUUUUCCUACUGGUAUAUGAUUUAACAAUGUAAGAAAUGGAUUCUUGAAGAAACUUUCCAUCAAGAAAGGUAAGGGUUCCCGCAGGACCCACUCUUAGUUUGAACUUUAGUUACUAAAUUUCAUAUUCUAAUAUUUCUCCAUCGCUCUCUUGUGGUUCACAUCAAUUUUCUCCUAUAUCCUUGCAUUUCAUGAUGUGUUAUUUUAUUUUCUCUUUCCUCUUAUUUUAUAGUUUAGGGAUUGCCAUCGUAUAUCACACAAAUAGAUAUGGGAUCUAUGUGAGCCCUUUAUUUUUUAUUUCCACGUGAAAAAAAAUACUAGUAAUAUUCUUAUCUUGUAGUUUAAUUGUAUAGAUAAAUCUACCCUCCUUUCAUUUUUCAUGGCAUAAGAAAAGCAAAGCCAAUUGCUUUCAUUGUUUAGCUGUCGAAGCUAGGUUCCUAACCCUAACGAAGCUCCACAGUGAUCUUCAUGAAGAGGCCAAAUUAAUCAAUAGGGCAUCUAUAAUGUCUUACUUGAACCGUGUGCUGGUGAAGCUAUGCAGCAUUUGAGUUUUGAUACCCUGUGGAAGUUGUCUUUCCCGUAAUGCUAAUUUUCAGUGAAGGUCUGAGUUGGACUUAUCAACCGAUCAUUCAUGGGCUAUGAGCCUUAUACCGAAUUGGUCCCUAUAGUUCUGAUCUGAUUUUACUGGUCUCUGGUCUGCUAUGAGGUGGGGCUAACAAUAUAACUGAUUGAGGUAACAUUGGGCUGGAAUGGGCCUAUUAGAGGUUCUGGAAUUCCAGUUCCUAGGGAAGAACUACGUUCUCAUUUGAGUGAUAUUUAUUUUUUGAUGAAGGUAGGACCUUCAUUGAAUUCAAACACUAUAUUCAUACCAUGGAAUCAGUUGGUUCUUAGUCCUCUAUUGUUUACCUGUCUAAUGAGCUCAAAUCUGAUUUGAUUUGUGUAAUUUUCGACUGAGCCAAAAAAUAUGUUGGGUAAAGACCAGUGUUUGGUUCCUCAGAUCCCUUUCUGUGAUGCCGAGCUCCAUCUCCAGUUACUCGCUUGAUUAUGGACAUAGUUAUCCUUCCUAGUAUACGGUAAACUAUAUUUACUUCAGUUCUAUAAAUCUCAGUAAAAUUAUUCAUUUGGUCUCUCCUUUUCAUAUGUAAUAUAAAUGACUUUGUUCACGGAUUUCUGUUUUAAGGUUGUCUCACUUCUAACAAUGCUCGCAGUAACUAUCUUUUCUGUCUUUCUGCCACUUUUUGUUUCAUACUAUUUAACGCUGCUUUUAGAAGUAUUGAACUCCAAGUUUUCAUUAAGUGAGUAAAAAUGGAACUCGUAUGGAAUUCACCACGGGACCUUAAGCUAUGAAGUUCCCUUCCGGCUGGACACCUCUAUCAACAUGCAUUCUCAUUUCCUCCCAUCGGUCACAUUUUGACCAUGGUCAAAGGGGAGCUUUGGGGAACUUAGUUGAUGCUUGCCGGCAUUACUUUCUGUCUGCUGAAUGAAGACUGUCGGAAACUGGGGUGAAUCGUAGUCUCAUUCUUGAUGGGCAUGAUUUCACUCAUACCUUUUAUUCUCACCGGAACAAAUCUCAUAGGAAUCUUGUUACCAAUGUCAUGAAUUUGAUAUUCUAUCUAGAAAAAUAACGAUUAGCGUCUGUGAAAUCCUUCUAUAAUCAGAUCUCACGUAAAACCCACAAUUAUAUAUUUUUUUUCCAAAAAUGGGCACCACAGGUUCCAAGCACAAAUCAGAUUUACAAGUUUUUCAAGCUUCUCCGUGGGAUCCUUCUCUUCCUUCAGUAUCAUGUUGAUUCAGGGUUCAUAGGAUCAAUGUCUAGUUGUGAGCUCCUUUUCUUCUUGGUCUGUAAAUGUGGUAAUCAAGACUGACGAUCCCCAUGUGCUCUUCGCAGGGUGUUUUGGAUGGCAAGUAUGACGACCUCCCCGAGCAGUCAUUUUACAUGGUUGGAGGGAUUGAGGAAGUCAUCGCCAAGGCCGACAAGAUCGCCAAGGAGUCGGCGGCUUGA